AUGCGGUGGGUCGUCGCCGCCUGCGCUUUCGCAUUGGCGUCGUCCCAGAACGUGCUCGUCGUCUACACGGGCGACUCCGCCGAUUCGACGCUCAGCGUCGCGCAAGCCUUCGCGGCGGGCGCCUCCCGCGCCGGCGCGUCGACGAAGCUCGUCCUGGCCUCCGAGGCGGCCUACGACGACGUGCGGGACUGGGCGGACGUCGUCGCGCUGGGGAGCGGCGUCAUCAACGGGAACGCGGACCCGACGCUCCUCGAGUUCCUCCGCUACUGGUCCUUUUCGGACGACCUCAGCGGACAGGUCGGCGCGAGCUUCGCGACGGGCGGCGGCGCGGCCGCGGGGCUCCAGCCCGUCGUCGAGGAGCUCAACCGGGCGCUGUUGACCUUCCGCCUCGUGGUCGUCGGCGGCGACGACUGGCGCGCGUCCGAGGGCGCCGCGGGCGUCGUCGGCGGCCGCGGGUGGAACGGAACCUUGGAACGCGCGGGCGGCCAGGGCUUCCGCGCGGCGACCGUCGCCGCGGCGCUCGCCCGGGGCCGGACGCCGGAUAAGCCGGCGAACGGCAGCGCCGCGCCGCCGAGCUUCGGCGACGCCUGGGCCGGCGCCGUGUCCGCGAACAUGACGUCGGCGGGCUACGACGCGGGCCUCGUCAUCGUCAACUUCACGUCGGCCUGCGGCGACCCGGCGCAGCAGAAGAUGAAGACCGUCUACGGCGACUUUUAUACGGUGCUGACGCGCUGCGACCUCGGCCUCGAGUUCACGAUCGCGCCCGCGAGCCGCGGCGGCGACUGCGCGUCGCGGAAGAUCGGCGUCGACGUCGACGCGCGCAUCUGCAGCGCCUGCGGCUGCCCCUUCUGCGUCCGCGACACGAACGGCUCCUACGCCCACCCGGACGCCAGCGCGGGCCUCGCCGACGUGCUCUGGGACGCGCCGCGGGCCUUUUCGCGCGAGGGCAGGCGCUUCACGGCGCACGCGGGCGUCGCCGUCGCCGUCGGCGGCAGCGACGACUACAGCCUCAAGUACGACCUCGCCUUCGACGACGACGGCCACCCGGCCUUCGUCAACAUCUCCCACCCGCUCUGGAUCUCCACGGCCGCGCGCGUCGACGGCUUCACGCGCGACGUCGCCGGCGACGCGUUCGACAUCCCCCGCGGCUGCUUCAAGUGUGGCGUCGGCGCCGAGUCGUUGAAGAGCACGCGCGGGAAGCAGACGCAGGGCCGCGGCUUCUUCCGGAACCAGGGCCGCGCGUUGAUCGCGGCGACGGCCGCCCCGACGGACCGCUCCUGGCUCGGCGCCCUGCCCGGCGCGAAGAAGGUCUACGGCGGCAACGCGGGGAAGAAGAAGCAACCCGCGGCGAAGGCGCGCGCGCCGCUCCGCACGCUGCAAACCAAUGCCCUCGCGACGGUCGACGAGGACGCGUGGCUCGCGCCGUCGCGCAAGAACGCCUGCGCGACGCCGGAAGAAAAAGCCCCGAAGCCGCGCGCGCGCACCACGACCACGAUGGCCGCGCGGGAGUCGUCGGCGCUCUUCGUCGACUCGUCGUCGGACGAGGAGCCGGAAGCGAAGAGCAAGGGCAAGGGCCUGGAGGGCGCGGUCGCGGCGGGCGCCGACGAGGACGUCGCCUGGCUCCGCGAGGCGCUCGGGGCCGAGGGGUUCGUGAGCUUCGGCAAGCGGACGGUGCGCGUGCCGAGGAGCUGGCGGCGGUCGCGGCGGUCGCGCGUCAUCGGCUGGUGCGAGGACCUGGGGUUCCGCUGCGUGGCGACGGCGGAGUCGACGAUCCUGGAGAUGAGCAGCCGCGCCGUCGGCGAGCUGCGGGAGAAGCUCGCGGCGCGCGGCGGCGACGCGCCGGAGCCGGCGGAAUCGCCCGCGCCGCCGCUCGAGGUCGUCGAGGCGCCGCGCGCGGCGGCGCGGCCGCCGCCCCCGGUCGUCGAACGCGACACGACCAUCGACCUCACGGCGCUCCUCGACAGCAUGCGCUUCAAGGCGCCGCCGCCGCCGCCGGACGACGCGGCGCCGCCGCCGCCGGCGGACGACGACGCCGACGAGGCCGCGGACGCGUUCGACGCGUCGGCGCGCGGCGCGCCGUCCUUCGGCGACUCCCGGCGGUCGACGACGCACGGCGAGGCCGCGCGGCUCAAGCUCGCGCGGCGCCGGUCCAUGGCGCAGCACGGCCUCCUCCGGCGCCAGAGCUCCGUCGGCGGCGGCGGCGGCGCGUUCGGCCGCGCGAGCGGCUCCCUCGCGGCGGCCUUCGGCCGCACGAGCGCGUCGCGCGCCAGCGGCUCCCUCGCGCCGGCGCGCGGGUCCCUCGCGCCGGGCCGCGGGUCCGUCGCGCUCUGGGGCGUCGCCGAGGACGCCGUCGCCGUCGAGACCGCGAAGCGCGGCGAGGCGGCCGCGGCGCGCGUCGCGCCCCGCUUCCGCGGCGACGCGCGGCGCGACGUCGUCGGCGCGUGGCUCACGGGCGAGGCGCGGCGCGGCCGCUGCGUCGUCGAGGCGGGCGCGGCCGCGCGCGGCGGCGCGUGCGUCGUCGACGUCGUGCCGUCGGCGCGCGGCGGGCUCCGCGCGGUCAAGGUCGCCCUGGCGCGGGACGGCGCCCGGGGCGUCGCCGUCGUCGAGACGGAGGCGCUCGGCACGGCCGCCGCGCUCGCGGCCGCGGCCGCGGCCGCGUGGCCCGCGGGCCUCGUCGUCCGGGGCCGCGACGACGACUACUUCCUGCCCGCGGCGCUCGUCGGCGCGCGGCUGCCGGCGCUCGCGACGCUCGCGGCGAGCGCGACGCGGCUCCUGCCCGGCGACGCGUGGCGCCGCGUGCUCGCGUUCGCGGGCGACCACCGCGGCGCGGCGGCGGCGUGCCGCGACGCCGCGCGCGCGGCCGAGGCCGCCGCGGCGGCCGCCGCGGGCCGCCUCGCCCUCGGGGGGGCGGGCGGGACGACGCGGACCUGGGCGUCCGUCGCGGCGGCCAUGCCCGCGGGCCGGUUCCUCAGCGAGGGCGCGUUCAAGCGCGUCUUCGCCGUCGGCGACGAGGCCGUGGGCGUCGCGGACCUCGCGCUCCUCGGCGGCGACGCGGGCGCGGCCGCCGAGGCGGCGAAGGAGCUCGAGAUCUCGACGCGCCUCGCCCAGCUCCUCGACCGCGGCUGCUGCCCGAACUUUGUGGCCGCGCGCGGCGCGUUCGCGUGCGACGCGCCGCCCGGCGCCGCGUGGGGCGGCGCCGCGGCCAAGGGCAACCGCAAGAAGAAGGGCGCCAGAUGGCUCUACGCGCGCAUGGAGCUCUGCGGCCACGGCGACGUCGAGGGCUGGCUCCGGAGCCUGCCGGGCGGCGCGCUGCCCGACGGCGCGACGCUCGCGCUCUUCUUCCAGAUGUGCUUCUCGCUCUACGCGUCGCGCGCGGCGCUGGGCCUGCGCCACUACGACGUCAAGCUCCUCAACUUCCUCGCGGCGCCCGUGGCGGCGGCCACCGUCGCGCGCUACGCCGUCGGGCCCGCGGCGUUCGACCUCCGGCUCGACCCCGCUCUGUGCGGCGCGUGGGCGAAGCUCGCGGACUUUGGGACGAGCCGCUGCGACGCCGCGAGCCUCGGGGCCCACGCCGACGGGAGCCUGCUGACGACGGUGGAGAACGCGCCCGCGGAUCUGCUCGUCGCGGGCGACGCCGCGGACUUCCACGGCUUCGCGCACGACACGUUCUCGCUCGGGCUCGCCGCGGUGCACCUCUUCGGCGGGUGCGCGCCCUACGAGGAGCUCAUGGCGGACUGCACCUGCCCGGCGCCCCUGCGCGGCGCCCUGGCCAAGCUCUGGCUCGCGGACGGCGGCGGCUUCGGCGCCGUCGCGCGGACCUGUAGGACCGUCUACGACGACGACGGCGCGGGGAACCCCGGCGACGCGUCGUCCGACGACGAUGGCGUCGGCGAGCCCUACGACCGCACGCUCUUCGACACGCUCUACCGCUUCUUCGUGCUCCUCGGCGCCGCGCGCCGCGCCGACCAGCGGCGCGCCAGGGUGCGCAAGCGCUUCGCCGACGACGCCGCGCGCUUCGAUUUCGAAACCGGCGACGCGCCGGCGAUCGCGCGCUGCCGGGCGCGCUUCGGCGAGAACCUGCCCCUGCUCAAGGCCAUGCUCGCCUUCGACGCGGCCCGGCGGCCGACGAUGCGGGCCCUCCUCCUGUCGCCCCUCUUCGCGCCGCUCCGCGCGACGGGCGAGCUCCGCGCGGACGCGGUCUUCGCGACCUUCGCGCGCCGCGACGACGCCGCGCCGAUCCCCGACCUCAAGGCCGAGGUCGGCCACGUCGCCGACUCGGCCAAGGCCGCCGAGUUCGCGCGGCGCGAGGGCUCCGCGGCGUUCGAGGCGACGCGCGCGGCCACCGUGGAGCGCGUCAUCGCCGGGCGCGAGGCGUCCCUCGCGGCGCGCAUCGCGGCGUCGACGGCCCGCGCGCGCGGCGCGAUCGCCGCGGCGGCGGCGGCGGCGCGCGACCGGUCGCCGCGGCGCGACGGCGACGCGCGCGGCCGCGGCGGCGACGCGCCCGGCCUGCCGCACGCCAUGGAGCUCAUGUUCGCCGCCGUCGACGCCCAGCGGCACACCUGGGCCGCCCAGCGCGAGGCCUACCUGGCCGUCGCGACGUCCGAGCGCGAAGGCCGGCGGGAGUUCAAGGCCACGGGCGACGACUACGGCGCCGCGGCGCGCGCGCCCGAGGCCCGCGUGCUCCAGCGCGUCGCCGACGUGCUCCGGGACGCGGCGGCGGCCGGCGCCGCCGCGGAGCGGCGCGCGCGCGCGACGCAGAACCUCACGGCGGCCAAGGAGGCCGCGGGCGCGGCGGCGCUCUCGGAGGUCGCGGCGGCGGGCGCGGCCUACGAGGCGCGGCGCUCCGGCGCGCGGGCCGCGGCGUCGGCGGCGGCCGCCCGGGCCGCGAGCCGCGCGGCGCUGGCGGCCGCGCGCGCGGACGCGCGCGCCGUCGUCGACGAGGUCGGCGCCGCGCGCGCGGCCGCGGCGCGCUCCUACGACCGCGCGAAAACCGCGGCCGCGCGGAGCGGCGCCUGCGCCGCGGCGAACCGCAACGUCACGCAGCGCUACGGCGCCUGCCGCGCGGCGGACCCGCCCUCCGACAAACGGCGGCGGCUCCAGGACAACGUCUUCUCGGCGUCCGAGUUCCUCGACUACGACCGCGGCGGCUUCGUCGCGGCGACCUUCGACGCGUCCGUCUUCGCGCUGCCCGGCGCGCGCCUCCUGGAGCACUGGGACCUGCGCCACGUCGGCGUCUUCAACCCGUCGGUCGUCGCGCUGCCCGCGGCUCUCCGGGACACGCUGCGGCGGUCCGUCUACCCGGACGCGUACUACGUCGCGACGGUGCGCCACAGCUGGGAGCAGUGCUUCCGCUUCGACAUCGGCCACGCGAAAUGGGCGACGGUGGGGCCGGACCGGUCCGACGCGGAGCGGCCGGGCCGCCACACGUCCGUCGUCCUCCUCGACCGCGACCUCUGCGCGCUCGGCCUCGCGGCGCAGCGCUUCCCGGACCCCUGGGACGCGCGGCGCGGCGACGUCGGCUGGCUCGCCGAGGACGUGCGCCUCUUCGCCCACAACGCGCAGUCGCCCCUGGACAGCCGGUUGAUCGCGACGGCCGUCGUCGUCCACGACAAGUCGUUCUCCGACUACGACCAGGAGCACUUCAACCAGAGCUUCGGCGUCUUCGAGCUCGUGCUCGACGUCGACGCGAAGCGGCGGCCGACGGCGCGCUACAUCCCCCUGCCGGGCGAGUACUACGGCGCGGCGGCGCGGGGCCACGCGGCCGUCACGGAAGUCCGCAACGUCGGCGUCUUCGACGGCGGCGACGAUCUGGACUUCCUGCUCUUCCUCGGCGCCGAGGCCCAGGUCUCGAAACGGCUCUUCCCCAUCCCGACGCGCCCGGCCGUGACGCCCCUGACGGGCUACUUUGGCAAGUGGCUCCACAACAACGUGAACCCGUUGUUGUUAAAGCGCCACGGCCUGCUGCUCGCCGUGGGCCACGAGCACAGCAACGAGCGCAACGACGAGGUCCACCGGACGACGUCCUGGCACACCUACCUCCACUACUUUCUGCUCUACAACGCGUCGGCGCCGCACGCGCUCCUCGCGCGGUCGCCGCCCUUUUGCUUCGCGUCGCUCGACGAUCCCGCCAGGUGCGACCUCAUCCAGUUCGUCUCGUCGCUGUCCUUCGCGCGGCCAAACGACGACGACCGGCGGGGCCGGGGGCACGACCUGCUCCUGGGCUACGGCAUCAACGACUGCCGGGGCGCGCUCGUGCGGCUGCCCCUGCGCGCCGUCCUCGACUUCACCGCGUCCUGCGGCCUCGACCCGACGCUCGCGAGCCUCAAGGAGAUCUUCGGCGUCGUCGGCGCGGGCGUCGGCGCGGGCGCGGGCGCGGGCGUCGGCGCGGCGGCGGCGGCGGCGGCGGACGGCGGCGGCGACGGCGGCGCGACGGGAGCGGCCGUCGGCGCGGACGUCGGCGCGGCUGAUGGCGUCGUCGGCGCGGGCGUCGGCGCGUCCGUCGCCGCCAUGGCGGCGGACGAAAAGGCUUCGAUCGUCAUCGCGAAGAUCGCGUUGACGGGGAACACCGCGACGCCGGCCGUGAUCGUCGUGAUCGCGGACACGAGCGCGACCGUCGAGUCGCCGCGCUCCUCGUCGACGACGGCGUCGACCCAGUCCGUGAAGAGCGCGCUCGAGUACCCGAAGCCCAGCGUCAAGGGUGCCAGAUACCACAACCUCGCGUCCGACGCGUGCGCCGAGAGCACGGCCCGCAACCCCGAGCCGUCGAAGAUCGGCAGCCGCUCGUCGCCCGGCCGCCGCGCGCGGUAG